AAUUUUAGAUCUUCAUUGGUAAUUUGUAAAAAAGAAGUUUGUCAAACAUGAAAAUCUUUGUUUUUUGUAUUUUACUUGCCGUGGUUUGCGCUUAUCCAACGGACACCCAAGUUAAAACAAAUGAGGACCAUCAUGAUGUCCCAUUAGUACCAGCAGCUUAUGCUCAUCGUCCGUUAUCGCACCAGCAAAUUCCUGUUAAAACACUUUCUGAGCCUGUUGAAAAUCAUGAAUCGAAACGCGACGUAGUUGCUGACCCCAAAAAGAGCCACGUUGAUUUGCCUUCAGCGCAUGAUAACUCUACACCAAGCUUUGUAAAACCGGUGCCAGUUGAACAAAUUUUGGGAAAAAUUAAUCAUGAAACACAUCCAACCACCGAACUUAAGAUAACUGAGAAGCCAGAGUCUUCGGCGGAAACUCCUGUCGAAAAAAUUGCAGAACAUACACCUGAAACAAAUGUUGCGAAAUCCACUGAAGCACUCAUUAAAUCAGAAGCUGAUCAUCAAACUGAAGACAAGAAAACAGAAGCCAAAGAAAAUUUAAAAAUCUCAGAGUCAAAUUCAGAAAGUUCCGAAAGUACAGAGAAGAAACAUGAACAAAAAUCCACCGAUCGGAAGACACGCGAGACUGACAAAGUACAGAGAGAACAUGAGGAAAAAGAGGGUCAUCAACUUGCACAAACUCUUCCCAUAGCCCAUUCCCAUGAAUCAAAAGAACUUCUCCCUCUUAAAGUAUCCGGUCACAAUCAACCAAAAACUGAUGAUUUAGUGGAACAGCAUCAACCAGCAAAUAUUCAUUCAGUUCCUUUUAACCCACAUAAAGAACAGGAAAAAAUUGUCCAUCCCCAUGAUUUGAAAGAAGGUGAAAAUUCUCGUUUAGUUCGUGAUGCAACAAAGGAAUCUCAUCAAGUGAAUGGACCAAUACCGGUCCCACACUACGUUGAAAACAGUGAUGUUAAACAUGAAAACAAAAAAGAAACCGUUUCUACAGAAAAAUUAAAUUAAUUAUUAUUUUGCUACUUUUUUUUUAUUUUAAAUAAAUAUUAACAUUUGAACUAUUA